AUGUUGGGCACUUGCAGGGAGAAAAACCGGAAGAUUCUGAGAAUUAAAGUGGGUCACCUCGUUGAAAUAGUUUAUGACGUGAAUGUUCCAAUUCAGGUCCGCACUUCCAACGAGACUAUAGUAUUCAAAAUCGGCGAUCAGCUGUUCCGUCGUCCCUAUGAUCCUUCACAAGAUCAAUUUCGAGUUCUGAUACCGCAAAGUGUUCCCUGUUGCCUGAUCCGAGCUCUUUAUCUGAGCAAUUCCGAUCUCAAAGCGUAUUCUUCGGCUUCAACAGUCUACGAAAACAGUAUGCUGAGAGUCACUGGAGGAGCCAGAGCCACGUUUCCCUAUCAGAAAAUUGAGCCGACUUCCGUAAUCCCGCCUACCACGUCACUGGGCACAGAAUUCACAUUUAAUUAUACCAAUCAAUGGAGCAAAUUCACGCUAGGAAAGAAUCCCACGGUUAGCAGUACCAGUAAGCCAAAGCCGAGAGGUUCGUGGACGCACGCAGUUAACAAAGAGUGGUCUAUAACUUUUGUUCUUUGCUCCAUUGUUAUUUGUACUAUUAUGCUUUUCCUCGCCGUCUUUGGAACUUUUACUGUCUUUUAUCUGAUGACCAAGCCAUCUGGUGGAAAAUCUCCAUUUGCUGUUGACGCAUGA